AUGGAGACAGAGCCUUUUACUUGGGUUGAUGCCCAGGAGCAAGAGGAUAAAAUCAGGAUGGGAAGAUCGAACGAGCUCAAGGACAGCCGCGAGGCGGACAAAUGGAAUGAACUUAACAUUUUCAAAAGACUUAAAGAGCUGGAGGACAGACAUGAGAUGGACAAAUCGAGUCAGCUCGACAUUGCCAAAUGGCUUGAAGAUCUCGAGGAGGAACGUGAGAUAAAAACACAGAACGAGCCGAACAUCCUAAAAGGACUCGAAGAACUCGAGAAAGAAGUUAGCAGCCUAAGGCAAGAAAGAUCGAGCGAGCGAGAUGAGCUCUAUCUCUGCCUUAUCCAAAGAGUAGAAGACAUCGAAGAUGUUGUCGAAAGCCUAUUCCGAAAGCAACGGAGUACGCGAGAUGAAGCCUGCAUUCAACGCGAAGCCGUCUUGAAUGCAUGGUCUAGAGUUCCAUCCUCGACGACGGAACAUGGGUCUAAUGGAACAACCACCUACGAAGGAGACAUUCGCACCGAUAUCCGGGCUAUUAAUGCCAAAGAAGGGGAUGACCCGGAGACUGCUGACCGGUGGAAGACAGUAUUUCUCGAUCGCUACUCUGUUCAAUGGGGAGUUGACUGCGGGAGAGGAAAUGAACUAUCACAUGUUCCUUUGGAGAUGAUCCGUGUGUUCAACAUUAGGGCUCGUGUUAUUCAUGGCUGGGGUACAACACGCGGUAAGAUACUUGAUAUUUGCGAUUACUGGAUUAGUCGUUGGAGGUCUGGCGAGGUGACUUACAUUCCCUCAAAGGAUUACCGUCAGCUAUGCCGACUUUAUUACGCUUGCCUUUGUGUACGAUGUAUCGUUUUCUCGUGGCUGAAACGUAUGCUUUUAUCUGCUUUGUGA